CACGAAGUAUGAUCAACGCCCUGCAGCUAAUUUUUGGUGUCCUGGUGUGCCUCUCCUCGUUACUAUAUCAUGACUGACGUCUAGACCCUGUAUCUGCCUAUUUCAUGAGCCAUGUCGCGGCGCAGGCUUAGAAAUACCGUCGCGGAAACCCUGACCCCUCCAGACACCUUGACACAAAGUCAAAGCAUCGCUCGCGUUAUCAAAGCUAAUGGCAAGGACCUCUACACGGUGCAAACUCCCGAGUCCCAAACCCUUCUAGUCGAACUCGACUCCAAGUUCCGAGCCACAGUUUGGAUCAAGCGAGGUGGCUAUGUUCUCAUCGACACCUCCAACACUGAUGAUCGAGAAAACAAGAUCCAGGGAGACAUCAUCAAUAUUGCCAGUGAUGAAAAGAUGUGGAGAAAACAACCAUACUGGCCACCACAAUUUGUCAAGAAGGCUGUGCCUGUAGACAGCGAUGAGGAAGAAUCCAAUGUUGGCAAGAUGCCACCAAGUGACAGUGAAGAGGAUACUACUUGAUCACGACGCUACUGCCUCAGUCGAUCAUGUCCUUUUUACUUCGGCCUUGCUCACAUCCCUCGCAGGUGGGCGAAUAUGGUCGACUGGAGGAGCAAUGAGGGCACAUGCCACUUGAAGCGUCAGCGAUGACACUACCAAGGCGGAACUCAAGUUCGUGCCAGGGAACACGAGCCACGCAUACUCCUGCACUGCCCAUCCUAACAGGACGACCGACGGGCUGCCACCGAACCUCCAAAGAAUAUACGGAGAGGUCCAGCCGAGGUAUGCAAAGAAUUGAUAAUGCAAACUCCGGGCACACAACAAGCCUAUGACCAUACUCGCAGUCAUAGUAUCCAUCACGAAUGUCGGUGUGAUCCUUUUCGAGAUCAAUUCUCGAUCGGUUGAGUUCGAGAUGCCCAGAUAUCGCUUGAAGAAGUCUGGAGGGUUCGAUGCAGCUGGUUUGGUCCAUUUGAGCUGGAUGAACACCACUAGUAAUGAUACAUGGACAAUGAGGAGACUGAUGGCAAAGCCCUUUGACAAGAACGUUGCCUCGUCGACAAACCUCCAGUUCACGGUCCACUUGAAGAGAAAUUGUCUCCCAAAGUCGAAUGCUCGCGCAAAAUAGGCCUGGUAGUCGGUGGCGACGAAGGGUGCGGAGACAAAAUAGCCAAUGACCAAAAUCGAAACGCCGGAGAAGAUGGCUCCGACAAUUCCUUGUGCUUGAAGCAGUAUCACGGCGAGUGCGGGCGCUGUCAAGAGCAUGGUCAUUUUUAUUGUAAGACCACAGCUCCAAGCAAUUGCUGCAUCUUGCCAUCUCCGCCGUUGUAAGAAAUAGAUGGUGGCCCAGAAGGCCAGGGCCACCCACGCAUCAUUGAACAAUCGUAGAAGGAAUAUAGAAUGCAGUCUCUUGCUCAAGGCGAGUGGCACCAACAGCCACGGAGGUGCUCCUACUCUCCUGUAACAGGCAAUGACAAUUGCCAGAGUGACA